GGAGGUGUAGGGUUCACCGUGAAGUAAAACAACAAACACCAAAACGCAAGAUAUUGAAAUAAUACGGCCCGCGAGCAUCUAGAACAUCAAUAUGCUACCAACCAAAAAAUUCAAAAUACUGGACCAGAAAAAGGAAGCAAUCGCGGCAAUAAUCAACGCAACGUUUUCAUCGCAUGAAAAUGAACUUGCCAAAAUUAACAAGUUUUACUAAAUAUGCCUUCAGGACGCUACAGACGGUGCCAAUUGUACUGUAUAAGGCCAAGUACACCGAAGAAGUCAUUGUUUCCCGAGAUACGUGGGCCACGGCCUGCCUUACAUACAAUACAGAGAAAUGUACAGCACUUUUGUGUCAGGAAAUUCUUACAAGUGCCGACUGUAAUGGAACGGAUGGAGUUCCUGCCUAUAAGAAAUAUGGCAUUUUAAAUGGGGUCGGAUUGACCAUUAACAAAGCCAAUGACUUCUGUCUAUCUCCUGCAAACAUUGCGGAUGCAAUGCUGUGGCCUACCCAAGAAGCUAAGGAGGAACGUAAAAGGGUGUCAAAUUUAAUUGAUAAAUUUAAACUGAAUGAAUAUAAAACUGGCAAGCCGGAGGAGUCGGAAGAUGCUUCAUGUCCAAAAGACGCCCUCUCAAAAGAUAUACUCUCAAAAUUCCAAGAAAUUUAUCUCGAGGCUUUGGAAACGUCGCUCUUUAAAAACUCCAUAGAAAUUUUUGAGUACUUAAUACGAGCCUUUCAUGAGGAUAGAUACCUAUUUGUUGGAGGAGUUUCAAUUAAUUCUAAAGAUUACUGUAACGCUUACCUGUCACAAAGUGAUAUUGCCGAGGUGACAAAUGUGGUGAUGACAUCCAUCGAAAAUGAUUUAGGUAACGAAUACACCCGUGAAUGGCGCACCUCGCCCACCUUAAAACUCAUAACUUAUCAAUGCGCAGGUCACAUGAGGGGACAGCCAGCAAAGAUGUUUAUUGACUCGGCAAAGUCAGGAGAGCGAGCCUUCCUAACUGAAGCGGAGAUAAAUCAGUUGGAAACAAGUAUUUUUGGUUCCCGUCAUGAGGCCGUUGUCAUCUCCACAUGAUCCCAAUCACCAAACGAUGUGGAACGUCUUACUACUACUGAAAUUGUAGAGUCCACACUUUUGCAAUCGCCCCAUAUUCUAUCUCCGAAUUCCUGUGAUAUCGAGUCCCUGUAUAAUGGCUGUCCAAAUUGGCUUGAUGCUACUGACUUGACCAAUUCAAGUUCAAUUAUUCCGAGUUUUGAAUUAAUUGCUUGGGUUCCACACGUGUCAUCCUCUUCUUGUGAGGUUGUUGUAUUUGAAAAAGAUCAAUCAGAACUAAGCUUGGAGAUAGACGGAGGUCUCCGAGUUUGGACAGAUGAUGAGUACAUGAAUAGUCAAGAAAGACCACAAAUGCUUUUAAAAAAUGAAGAUAUAAUAAAAAUGGCAUCCAUAUUUGAAGAGGACUGGCUAGUUGGUUGUAGGUCUUUAUUAAACAAACUAUUUGAACCGAUCGAACAAGAGGGAAUGAAUUGGUCUGGGAGAUCUACGAAUGGAUAUAAGCAUGCUGCCUUUAUUAAUAAUCCGAAAACAUUCUUUAUUUUUUAUUUUUUCCGCCUAACAAAAACAGCAAGGGAACAAAAUCUUAAUUUGCAGCAAGUGCAUACCGAUAAGUCUAUUGAAUUGGAACCUUUAACAGAGCAUGAGUUUACGAAGGCUAAAUAUCACAUUUUUAUUGAUAAGGGAACGAAAACAACAAAAAAGACGAGUUGCUAAAUAAAUAUAAUGAAUGAA